ACAACUCAACAAAUAAAAUAUAUCAAAGCAGGUAAUUAAACACAAUGAUGAUGGACGAUGAUAUUCAAGCAGUGGAUUCUCCAGUGACAGCAAGCCCUGCAGGGAUGAUGAUUCCUUCAGAUGUAAUUUCAUCACCAGGAUCAUUUCCUGGAGUAGUUGGAAGUCCAGCAGCAUCAUUUCCUCGACAGCACCUGCAAACACAGUCUGGGCCUGCAGUACCUCCUGGGCUACCGGGACCACCAGGCCAAUCAAAAUAUGCACAGUUAUUGGCAGUAAUUGAAGAAAUGGGGAAAGAUAUUAGGCCAACAUAUGCUGGAAGCAAAAGUUCAGCUGAAAGACUGAAACGUGGAAUAGUCCAUGCAAGGAUUCUGGUGCGUGAAUGUCUCAUGGAAACAGAACGAAGUGCGAGGCAAUGACCCUCAGAUGUCCAAAAUGGCAGCAAUAAAUAAUAUGCAAACUCUUCAUAUUUGGGAUACGGUAUACAGUGCUGAUUGUGUUGAAUGGUGUCCGGUAGUUCCUUAUCAGAAUGUAUUUGUAUGUGGAACUUACCAACUAGCUCAAAGUCAAAAUGCAGAAGUGAAGAAGCUGGACUCCGAUUGCUUCUUAACUGACCAAGAAAAGAGUGAAGAGAAUGCAGUAUCUGAUCCUUGUAGCAGACUUGGACGUUUGUACCUGUUUGCCAUUGAUUCUUCAAGGGGUCUGUGUCUAUUGCAAACAUUAGAAAUGCCAGCCAUAUUGGACUGCAAGUGGUGCCAUUGUAAAAUAUAUGGAAAAAUUUUACUUGCUGUCGCUAAUUCUGUAGGAGAUGUGCUGAUCUAUGAAAUGCAUGCAAGAGAAGCGGAGGCAGAUGAGAACAAUAUUAAAAACGUAGAAAGUGAACCUUGGUUGUCCUGCAAUCUGUCAUUGGUGUGUAAUUGCAUUAUUGCUCAGGAUGUUAACAGUGAAACACUAGCGCUUUCUUUGGAUUGGUCAACAGGGUGCUGGAAAUUUAAAGAUGCGGAGGAAAAUGUGCUUAUCAGUGUUAGUGAUUCAAAAGGAUGUAUUUCUGUAUUGAGGUUAAAUCAUUUAGCAUUGGAAAAGACAGAAUGUUGGAAAGCUCAUGGGUUUGAAGCUUGGAUAACAGCGUUUGAUUACUGGAAUUCUUCUGUUAUUUACACAGGUGGGGAUGAUUGCAGGUUCCAAGUGUAUGAUUUAAGAACAGGAACCCAACAUCCCAUAUCGUCCAGCAGAGCACACGAAGCAGGCGUCACAAGUCUUCACUCAAAUGCUAAAUCGUUCAAUAUCGGUUAUGAUGAAAACAUCAGAAUUUGGGAUACUAGAUGUGUGAAACAUCCUGUAUCUUCCACACCUUUAGGUGGAGGAGUGUGGCGACUGAAGUGGGAUCCGCAUAGAUGGCAGCAUCUCUUGGCUGCGUGCAUGCAUGGUGGGUUUUGUGUGCUGGACUAUGCUGAUAAAACAAAACCACCGUUCGUUGUGGCAACGUACAGAGAGCAUCAGAGUCUGGCUUAUGGUUCGGAUUGGUGCCAUCUGAUGGGUGAAGCCGCUAUGAAUCACGUGAAAGAUCAGAUUGUACCGACAAAUAGACCUGCUGAAGACCUAAGGCUUGUGGCUACCUGUUCAUUCUACGAUCACAAAUUGUGUGUGUCAGCUUUAAAGUAACUGUGUUUUGAAUAGCUAUGAUAUUAUUAAAACUGUGAAAAAACACAGUAAAACUGUCUCAGUAUUAUUGUUAGGAGACACUGGAAUGUUCUGAAUAGAAAUGGGAUGACUUUGGUUGUGUAAUAUUUUAUUAGAUGUAGGCGAGAAAAAUGCUUCGAGAGGGAAUGACGAGAUGUAUUACCCAUGGCCUCUGAGGUUGAAUGUUCCUUUUAAGCUGUACAUGUGCACAGUAAUUCACAAUUUACCAUAUUUUCUUAGUUUUAAGACAUGUUUUUUUUACACAUUUUAAAAUUUUUGAAAUCAGGGUGCAUCUUGCAUAUGAUGGGGUCUAGGAAUUUAUAUUGUCUCUUUCUUCCUGAAAACAUAUUACUAAAUGAAGGGUUCAUCUUACAAUCAAUGAUGUCAUAAAAUAAAGGAAAUUUGGGAAGUCCCUUCUGUGUGAAAUGUUUAACAUUCGUCAUUGUAAGUUUUAUUUAUUGCAAAGUUAUUUCUCUUCUGCUAUGUCUGUGUUAUGCUAAAGCUUCAACACUUUUUGUCCAAGAGCAUAGCUAUAUGCUCACUGCUUUACUAAAUUAGUAUGAAUAUUGUACAUAUGUUGGCCCACAUAAAUGGAAACAAUGUUGUAAGAAGAAUAAGAAGAAGAAAUGUUCAGUAAUAUUGUGCUUCAAGUAAUAUGUCUUUAACUGA